AUGGAAUUCCUAAGUAAUCUAGGGGCCACUUCGGGCGACUUACCCUCUUAUUUCGAGCUGGUGAACGAGGACAAGAUGAGAGACAUGUUGCGUCCCGCUCUCAGAUAUGUCCUGACUGUCUAUGCUCAACGCUAUCCACGUUAUCUCCUGAGAGUCGUCAAUCAUCACGAAGAAUUGUAUGCUCUACUCAUGAUCCUCGUCGAAAACCACUACCUAAGAGAAUGGGGAUCCUCGUUCGCUGAAAACUUUUAUGGUCUAAAGAGAAUACCCACAAGGAAGGGCUUUCGAGGCAGAGUCUCUGAAAAGCUCACAGACUAUCACAUAUUCGCAUCUCUCAUAUGUCUGGUGGUGAUUCCUUAUGCUAAAGGAAAGCUGGACGAAUACUACGAGACUGUAUCUGGAGGUCCAGGCGGACAAUUAUUCGGUGAUACCUUUGAUGAAGAGGAAGAGGCAGAGCAUGAAUCAUCCAUGAUACCACGCAUACUUAAGAGAAGCAAGAAACUAUUCAAAACAGUCUAUCCAUAUGCCGAUGGAACGUAUGCUGCUCUCUUGUUUGCAUAUCAACUAGCAUACAUGUAUAACAAGACAGACUUUUACUCGCCAUGGCUGCAUCUAAGCGGAGUAGAAGUGCGGAGAAUGUCUCCAAGAGACUUUAAGGAACACUCUGAAAAGGAAGAGUUGGUUAAAAAGGCACGAGAUGCUGCCUUUGCGUCUGGAUCACCACUGCAAAUGGCCAAAUACUUUAUGAGUCUGGUUUCAACACGGGGCUUUGACUUUUUGAAAUACUUUUUGCCAAUGAGUAUCUUCUUUUUCAAGUUUUUGGAGUGGUGGUAUCAGUCAGGUUAUCACAAGCAGGCAAAUGCUCAGCCCAUUCCACCCCCGCCAGAGCCCAUACCACCGCAUCCUGAAGGAUUGGCAGUUCCAGAGGACCGGUCUAUUUGUCCUAUCUGCAACAAGAAGCGUACAAAUCCUACCAUGUUGCCUAGUGGAUUUGUGUUUUGUUAUCCAUGCAUCUUUAGAUAUGUGGAGGAAAAUGGACAGUGUCCAGUGACAUUCAUGAAAGCUACCACCGAGCAACUUAGAAAAGUUUAUGCCGUUAGCGCAUAA